AAACCCACGCUAGAUAUUCAUUUAGCUCUGAGCGUUAACUGGGUAUUUUAAAGAUUGCACAUUUGCAGCGGAGUUGAUUCAAUGUGAUGAAUUAUUAGGAAAGCAAUUGGUUGCGUUUCCUGUAUCGCUUUCAUUGUCAAGUUGUUGGAUAGAAUCGGUAGCGGACGUGUUGCUUAAGGAAGAGAUUUCCUUUACAUUACAACUUUUGUUUCGGGGUCAUAUUUUAUGGAUGCUGAUUGUUUUCCGAGCUUUUUUUUAGUUAAGUUUGACGUUGAUGCUUUUGGGUAACAUCUGAUCAGAGCUGGCAAAGGAAAACCCGGGCGCUGUCUCUGGUGCUGGAAAACACUUCGUUUGUCUCCUAAGAAUGGGACAAUUACAGUGAAGCAUGCUGGUGGAACAUUUAAACCCCCGCCCUUAUUACUUUCCAUUCCUUUAAAACAGUUAGAUAUGGUCAGACAACAUUUGCUCUAGGACACUUCAGCAGGGCGAAUGCUUGCCACGUGAAACAAAAUAAGGUCCUUUUUCUCAGGUGUACACCAUCCUCUGACCAAUAAAGCCACUCCAUGUGUAUGGAUUAUUUAUUCUAUCCACCACUUUCACUUGUUUGCCCAUUGUUAAAGGAGGGGGGAACAAUGUUUGCAUUGAGAACAGGGAUCUGAUCGAGGCUCCUGAAAGCACUACCCCGGCACCUUCAUGUCCCAUCUCUCGUCAUUACCGAGUGAAAAGAGCCAGUCUCCUGUGAGCACACGUCUUUACUGAGAUCCCUCGACACACAACUACAUCUUCCCAUCCCUCUGCGCUACAUCGUACUGCUUCACUGGUUGGCAGUCCCUCUCACCCUGAGCCAGGAUGAAUGAUGUUCUGGAGGCCAUCUCCCCGGCGACCAGCCUCAGCGGUCCGGCUACCUGUGUGUCCAAAGUAGAGCUGCGUGUGUCUUGCAAAGGCCUGCUGGACCGAGACACGCUGAACAAGUCAGACCCAUGUGUCAUACUCAUGGUGCAAAACAACGGACAGUGGACAGAGCUGGACAGGACAGAAGUGAUCAAGAGCAACUUGCACCCGGUCUUUGCCAAGGUUUUCUCAUGGGACUACUACUUUGAGGAGGUUCAGAAGCUACGAUUUGAAGUCUAUGACAUCCACGGCACUCACAGCAUCGGGACCCGAGAUGAUGACUUCCUGGGUGGGAUGGAGUGUACUCUUGGCCAGAUUGUGGCCCAAAAGAGGAUGGUGAAGCCUUUGUUGCUAAAGUAUGGGAAAUAUGCCGGCAAAUCUACCAUCACAGUGCACGCUGAGGAAAUUUCAGGCAACAACGGAUACGUGGAGCUUUCCUUCUGUGCCAAGAAGCUCGAUGAUAAGGAUAUCUUCAGCAAAUCUGACCCUUUUCUGGAAAUAUACCGAGUCAAUGACGAUCUAUCAGAACAACUCGUGCACAGAACUGAGGUGAUUAAGAACAACCUGAAUCCUGUGUGGGAGCCGUUCAAAGUGUCUCUCAUAUCUCUGUGCAGCUGUGAUGCAGAACGUAAGCUCAAGUGCCUUGUGUGGGAUUAUGACUCCAGAGGGAAACACGACUUCAUCGGCGAGUUCUAUGCCACUUUCAGGGACAUGCAGAACAUUUCCAGUGGAAAUAAGGUGACAUGGGACUGUGUGAAUCCUAAGUACAAACUGAAGAAGAGAAACUAUAAAAAUUCAGGAGUUGUCAUCCUCAGUAACCUUAAGCUCCACAGAGUGUACUCCUUCUUAGAUUACAUCAUGGGAGGAUGCCAGAUUCACUUUACGGUUGCCAUUGACUUCACAGCCUCCAAUGGAGACCCGAGGAACAGCUGCUCUUUGCACUACAUCAACCCUUACCAGCCCAAUGAGUACCUGAAGGCUCUGAUAGCAGUGGGGGAGAUCUGUCAAGACUACGACAGUGACAAAAGAUUUUCAGCUUUGGGGUUUGGUGCCAGAAUCCCUCCAAAUUAUGAGGUGUCACAUGACUUUGCCAUUAACUUCAACCCAGAGGAUGAUGAAUGUGAAGAGAUCCAAGGAGUGGUUGAGGCGUACCAGAACUGCCUUCCUAAGAUCCAAUUGUACGGCCCGACCAAUGUUUCUCCCAUCAUUAACAGGAUAGCCAAACUGGCAGCAGGCGACGGCAACAUUAAAGACGCCUCUCGAUACCACAUCCUGCUCAUCCUCACGGAUGGUGUAGUGACGGACAUGGCAGACACACGUGAAGCGAUUGUGCGAGGCUCCUACCAGCCUCUCUCCAUAAUUAUUGUUGGAGUGGGCAAUGCAGACUUCACAGACAUGCAGAUUUUGGAUGGAGAUGACGGAGUCCUACGUUCACCCAAGGGCGAGCCAGUCCUCAGGGACAUUGUGCAGUUUGUGCCCUUCAGAGACUUCAAAACGGCUUCCCCUGCAGCCCUGGCCAAAUGUGUUCUUGCAGAGGUGCCCAAGCAAGUAGUGGAGUACUACAGCCAUAGGGCCAUCUCCCCAAUGUGUCCAAUUAGUGAGUCGCUGACCCCCGUCCUCACCCCUAUUGCCACCACCCCAACAGAAUAAAACCCCAGCCUGCUCCUGGGACCAACCUUUGACCACAGCAUCAGUCCAGAACACUGAGAGGGAGAAAGGACGCAUGCCUCGCAAUUUUGGACAAGUACUGAAGCAAAAAGCUUUCUAAAUGUGUUGUUACUCAUUUAUUUCAUUCUUCACAAGUGUUUACAUAAGGACAGCACUACAGAGGCUGUUGGUUACAUGUGUCUGUUCGAUGUGGAUCCAGCGUUGUUCUCCCUGGCUUUGAAAACCUUGACCAUCCAGCAGCUUCAGUAUCAGUUCUGGAGGAUUGUGUUGUUUUUUACCCCACAUUUGUAUGCAUGCAGGCCAAUCCCUCAGUACUGAUCUAUCCAGCGGAUGCAGACUUAAAAUUCCUCACUGCUCAAGACAUUCAGCACCUCUACCCUCUCUAUUAUGUUACUGUUUUGCUUAUGUGACAUCUUCAGGUACUUUUGAAGAUAAACUGUACAGUACUGUAUGUUGCAAUCAAAAUGAUAUUGCUCAACUUGAAAAUACUGACAACAUUUAAUCCAGAUGUUAUAUAUAUAUAUAUAUAUAUAUGAAUUACAGGAAGAAAUGCUGCAUUCAGACCGAUUAAUACCUUGACCUUUCUUUAUGUACCUACAUUUUUCUGGCUGCAAUAUUGGCCUUAUAUUGGAUAACAAUACAACCAUAUUUCCAAAAGAACAAAGAUAGCAUAUUUAAAAUCAGUCAUUAUCAUGAGUUGAUUUGAAGUGGAAAAUCAAAAGUGAAAACUCUGUUUCUAAAGAGCACCAGCCAUUCUCAAUAGAAAAUCCUUAUUGAUACACCAUGAACCAUUAAUUACACCACCCCCACUUGGGGAAUAUGAAAGCAAGUAAUGCUGAGUGUCUGGGCUGUUAGCAGGUUGCCAAGUUAGUGUAUUCUGUGUAAAAUAUUGAUCAAAUCCACCAGUAAUUAGGUCUUAAUAAUGCCAGGUGAGGAAACAGCAGCAAUGGGGAAAUCCUGGAUUAGUUCCAAUAUGUCUCCCUUUGGACCUUGUACCUUGUACCUUCUACAUCUGUGAAUCUUUAAGUGACUUCUGCUAUGUGUAAUAUUUGUUAUGGCUCGAGCUUGCGUAUGCUUCUUUCAGUUUCAAAAGGGAGCUCACAAGUCAUAAAAACAUGGAAAAUACAGCCAUGUAAUCAGCUGGCAUGUGUUUGGGUUUCUGCAGCAUAAGUUGCUUCUUAUGUUUUCUCCAAGAGAAGACAAAUGAUUCAGUGAGUUUGGUGGCUUUAGUAUAAACUGUGAGAAUGAUCCUUCAUGUCAAAUGAAUACUUUCCUUUUGAAUAGUCUGCUAUUGUCCUUCACAUUCCUGCUCUGUUUUUCUUCUUCUUUGUGCUGCUUUUUAUACGCAAUAUCAUUUAACUCGAUGUUUUGUAGGGAAUUUAAGUGGAGUGCAGAGUUUAGAUCCAAUGAAAGCACAAAGCCGAUUAAAACAAGUGCUUCAAUACACACGCUAAUGUUCAUCAAACCAGCUCUGGAAUGUGUUAAAUUUGACGUUUGCUCAUGUUUUGUACAUGUGCGUCUCACGAACAAACUUUUUCUGUGAAUCUGUGCUUUUCAUUUUCAAGAAUUUCUUGCCUGAAUCUCUAACCUUCACUUUAACUUACCUUGUCAGGGUUGUGCAGAUUGUCGUCAUAGUGUUCAGUGCGUAGUCUGUAACAGUUCACAUAAAGCUGUACCAUGUUGCGGCCUCAGUAUUUUCCCAAAAUGUUGGCCUCUAACAAAACAAGAAAUGAGAGAUGUCACAUAUUAUUACAAUUUGAAGAAGUGCAUAAAAGUCAAUUGAACGAGAAAGUAAAAAAAGUUGCAAAGACAUUCUCAAAAGGCAUCCUCCUGGCAUUCAAACCUUUUCAUCACUUAUGCAAGGCACCUCUAAAUGAUUCCUUCCUAUUUACAAAAUAUGGAUGGGUUUACCUUAAAUCUGGACUGGAAAAUGAAUAUUCAAGAUGUAUCAAGAGCAAACCUUUCACAAAUCUAUUUGAAAUUUGAAUUUAAUAUAAUAAUACAAUUAGAAUCUUUUGCACUUACCUUGGUUUUGAAAUUGCAAAUGCAAAUUAGUAUUUUCAUUUCAUUUAUAGGUAAAACAUACACCUUACAGAUUCAAAGAAAUUAUAUCUGGUCAAAUUAUUUUAUGAAUGAAAGUCAAACAUUGGUGCCCUUAUCAGCUGGCUAACUGAGAAGCAUAAGUGACUUAAAUGCAAAAGUGUGUAAAAUCCUCAGAGUUCACCGAAUAGGUUCAACCCUAACUAUGUUUUGCUUGAUUGGUUUUCUCUUCCAGUAAUGCCUCUAUACCUUAUUCACCUGCUUGUUGCUCUUAUAUGUAUCUUAUAUGCUAUAUUUGUGCUCUGAAUGGUGACUAAUUCACUUGGCCAAAAGCCAUUUAAUACAUUGGAAGACUCUUCUCAAACAUACACAUAUCCACCCCCAAGCUACAUAUAUUAAUCUGACUUUGAUUUGUCCUCUAGAGCUUUACCAGUCCUCCCCAGAUACAGACUAUUGAUUUCUUAUGAAUACACCUAAACACAGCAAGCUCUGCUGUUGGCUGCUCUCUGAACUCCUUUGAAGAUCACAACUAUCGAGGAUUCCUCUGUCGCUGUGGAUCAUAGGACGAGUCCGAUCGAUUCAGCAGGCCUAGAUAUGGAGCCAUAUCAGUAAAUGAUGUGGAGGGACUUUGGUCUCACAUCUGAAGUUAGAGGCUAUAAUAAUUGUGUUACUAUACAUGUUUUAUUGAUAAACCUUUUUACAACACAAAAAGUAUGAAAACAUAUUCUGAUAACAAAAUUAAUAUCAUAAAAAAGCAUUUAUUUAUGAAACCAGCCUUAUGAUCACCUACAAAUCCUUGGAGACCACCUUAUUGCAUUGCCUCAGGUUAUGAGCUGCAUCGGCUCAAGUGGUUCAUUACCCUGUCCUCUUGACAUUUCCAUGAGAUAUGAUUCUACAAUCUUAGAACAUACAAAAUGGUAUUCCUUUAUCGGAUAGGAAUUUUAUUAUUUGUAUUUAUUUCAUAUUUUUGUUCUCUGAUAAGUAAUCAAAAAAUGCCAAAAUAGUUUUUUUCUAAGUUCAAAUAUCAAAACACUGUGCCAAUAACAUUUGUUAUGUUCUCCUUGAGCUAUCUGAAAUAUGAAAUAUUUCCAGAUGUUUUAUGUAAUUCAUAUAGAGUGAUGCAUGGGUCUUUAAUGCCUUGCCAGAUUUGCCCUAAACUAACAACGCUUGAGACCUUUUUGGAAAAAUAUUUGUUAAAUUCCUUAUCUUUUCUCAUUACCAGUUUCAUUGCACAUAUGUAUUAUUGUGUGGUUAUGUUCAGUAGCUAGCAGAACCCAUUUGGUGUUGCCACUUUAUAAAAAGUAAAAUCCUUCAUGUUUUGAUGGGAAACCAUCAUUUGUGCCACAGUGUUGCAAACACAGUGAGCUGAAACACUGGAGACUAUACAAACACAGUUUGUGUGGCCAUCUUACUCUGCAGAUUAAAAAGAGCUGGAAAUAAUUAAUUGAGCUGCUUAUUUCCCCUUAUCUCAUUGCACCAUUGUCCGACAAAAUGAACGAGGCAUAGGUUUUACACCGCACUGAUGCAUUUGACAUUUUUCACAGACAGUCUUUGUCUCUCUCUCUCUCUUUCCCCCAUCCACCGUUAAUCAGGACAAGGUUUACAACCCAUAAACAUAAUGUGCAACUGGUGUUACUGCAGACCGUGUGGGUGAGAAGCAACCCAUGCGUCAUUAGUAAAUAUUUGAUUUGUUCAAAAGGAAGAAAGGGAUUUAUUGCAUGCUUUCUUUUAUUGUUAAGCUGUGCUAUGCAGUCAUUCCGUUGGGUCGUAAGAUAUGCUAAUAUGCAAGCCUGCAUUUGCACAAACUUCUGUUCUUGUAGUUUACGCUCUCUGUCUUGCAAAUAGAUGAAUAAAUCUAAUCCUUAAACUGA